AUGGCACCAAAGAAGACUUUCCAGGAAGCGUUCGAGGAGUCGAUUACACGUGCUAGGUCACGUGGAUUCACACGCGAGUAUCAGGAAAAGAAGGAGUCCGAAGCUAACGUUAUCGCCUACCGAGAACUUGCCCCCGCUACAUCUCAUAGGCCACUUAACUGGUUCCGAGAGCAUCCAGUCCUUGGGAAGAGCUUUGUGUUUUGGGUUAUUGUUCAUGGAAUAGCUGAUGGUGCCUUCAAAGGCCUUGACACGAUUGAGAAGCUCCUUGACACGAAGCCCCCCAGUGGACGAGAGUCAUUGACGCUUGAGUGGACUAAAGAGGCAGAAAAACUCCCGUUCUUCCGUGCAGUUAAUCCUGAAGGGCCUUCACCAUCCGAGGCACUAUCAUUCUCCUCGCUUCACCAUAACAAUACCUGCUUAGCCAAGCGUACCGGAUUUAGAGAUCCGUUACGGGUCCAUGGAAUCAGGGGUGGUGUUGCAAAUAAGAUUGACCCAAAGGCAUCAGAGGCCACCCGCGGCCAGGCACUCGACCACCAGAACCAUAAUACGUAUCUAAAAUACCAGUCCAGCCUGAAAGCUUUGGAUAUACAAGCUAUAUUCUAUGAUCUAGAACCUGACUACGAAUGUCGUUCUAUGGAGCAAAGCAUGUCACACCAUCGUGACACAAAUGUCCCACAAAAGCUCAACGCAGAAGCUACCAUGAAGUUUCACAGACGUGAAGAUAUCAUCGAGAUUAACCGGAAGAUCUCGUCCUUGACAUUUCAGAUUAAUGGCAGGCCUAAUGAUCACAUAGACUUGACAUCUGAACGGUCUAAGCUAUACAACGUGAAGGCCAAGCUAUUACUUGCCUAUAAGACUGAGUUCAUCAAGCAAUGGUGGAAGGAAUCUUAUUCGGAAUAUCUCGCUGGGAACAAGUUUUCGGAACGUGACAACACGCCUCUAUACAAUAUUUACAAAAAGUACCUACCAGAACGCGCCCGUCUUGCAGAAAAUCUAUUGAAAGAAGUAACUUUGGAUAGCCCCAUUGGUCAGCAGUGUCUGAGCGAUAUGGUCGCUCUUUGCAAGUCAACAGAACGUGUUGCUUACUACCCUGGAUUGUCACCAGAGAAGGGCUCUUGUCCAAUUUGCGCUAGGCUUAUGUCAAGGUACGAAGAUAAGCGGCCAUCCCACAUAAGAUGUUCUAACAACUCAGUAUUGAAUUACAAUCACGGGCGAAGCACAUCUUACAAUGUCGUCGGAAGUCGUUAA